AUGGCCAAGAACAAUCUGACCAUGGUAACUGAGUUCGUCCUCAUGGGCUUUACUGAUGAUCCUACGUUGGAGAUUCCUCUCUUCCUGGUGUUCCUGAGUUUCUAUCUAGUCACCCUUCUGGGGAAUGUGGGGAUGAUCAUUCUGAUCCAAAUGGAUGUCCAACUCCACACCCCAAUGUACUUCUUCUUGAGCCACCUCUCCCUGUUGGACACCUGCUAUGCUUCAGUCAUCACCCCUCAGAUCCUGGCCACACUGACCUCAGACAAGACAGUCAUCUCCUAUGGCCAAUGUGCUGCCCAGUUCUUUUUCUUCACCAUUAGUGCAGGUACAGAGUGUUUCUUGCUGGCAGUGAUGGCCUAUGAUCGCUAUGUUGCCAUUAGCAACCCACUGCUCUACACUGCGACCAUGAACCCCAGCAUCAGCUGGAGUCUAGCGGUGGGAGCCUAUGUCUGUGGCAUAUCGGGGGCCAUCCUGCGUACCACCUGCACCUUUACCCUCUCCUUCUGUGAUGACAAUCAGAUCAACUUCUUCUUCUGUGACCUCCCGCCCCUGCUGAAGCUGGCCUGCAGUGACACAACAAAUGCAGAGAUUGUCAUUGUCUUCUUUGGCAACUUUGUGAUUUUGACCAAUGUUUUGGUCAUCCUGAUCUCCUACCUGCUGAUCAUCAAGCCCAUUUUGAGGAUGAACUCUUCAGGUGGCAGGGUGAAGGCUUUUUCCACGUGUGCUGCCCACCUCACUGCUGUGGCCCUUUUCUUCGGGACCCUCAUCUUCAUGUAUCUGCGGAGCAGUUCGGGCACAUCCUUGGAGGAAGACAAGGUGGUAUCUGUCUUCUACACUGUCGUCAUCCCCAUGCUGAACCCUCUGAUCUACAGUCUGAGAAACAAGGAUGUGAAAGCGGCCUUCAGGAAGGUCACUGGUAGACUCCAGGUGUCCCAGAGCAGGCUGCUGGCUGGGGCCACUUGGAAGGACGUGACCAGGAGGACAUGGAUCUUCUCCACCUCCUUCUCCUACAAGCCCUCGGUGGUGGGCCCCACGGUGCAGGGCUUGCUAAAUGGCAGCUUGAGUCUGAGCGUACACUCAGAAGUGAGUCCUGGCUUUGAGGAUUUCCUGUUGGAGCUGUGCCAGCCAUCCAAAGCGCUGCUGGCUGCCUAUCAGAACCUGACGUCCUGCUCCCCAGGAGAGGGGCCCUUCCUGGGGGCACCUGUGCCAAUGCACAGGAGCCCAGGCCUUGGCAGUGCCAUGUGUGCGAAGUGCCCUGAGGACCAGUGGCCCAACUGGGAGGGUCGUCACUGCAUUCCCAAAACCCUUGACUGCUUGUCCUACCGCGAGCGCCUCGGCACAGCGCUGGCUGUCUGCACAUCCCUGCUCUUCCCCUUGCCCUGGCCAUCUUAG